CUAACUGGCAAGUUUUCAUACCAUCGUCCCCAUGGAUCGGUUUCCCAAUAGGACGGCGAGGAGUUGGUCUGUGUGGGCCGAGUCCAGAACAAUGCAGCAAACCGCUCCCGCUGAGCCUGACAGCUUAGUCGAGAUGCUCAUGAACCCCGAUUUCCUACCGCCACCUCUCCGUGACGAUAGCGAGGUGCGCGAUCAUCCACCAUCGGCAUACAAUGACCUCCCGCCUUUGGAAGACGAACCGACUCCCCAUGAUGUACCUUCUACGAGCAAUGCGCCCGAAGACCACCUGGCUCCGCUGGAUGGUGAAGAGCCUCCUCCGCUUGAAGACGAUGGCUCGUCGCCCGUAGCCAGACCUGUACCUGCCGUGGAUGUCGCCUCUACCGCGACAACGUCGAACUUCCCCUCCGCCCCUUCCAAUGGCGUCCUCUCUGAGGCUGGCAGCGCACAUGCCAAUGCCGGUUCCUCUCGCCGGACAAGUUCUCGGCCAGCUGGAGGUGCUGCACGCCAUGAAGACGAUGGCGCAGAGAGCGACAGUAGUCUUCCUUCUCUCCAGAGUGUUUCUGAUUCCUCGGACGAGGAAAAUGACGACUACAUCAAUGAAUCCGAGUCGGACUGGGACGAUGAUGAAAGCUUGGAUGAAACUGAGGAUGAAGCAAGCAUCGCUCGUAUGAUCGAGGACGAUUCCCCUCGCAGUCUGGGAGCGACCGUUCCAAACGCCUUCACAGAUGCCGAGCCUCUCCUGACACCAGGCUUGGAACGAUUCCCGUGGCAGUCGUAUAGGGACCUGCUUGAGAGAGCGAGGGGAAUGAUACCGGACAUCGAUGAUCGCGUCCAAGGGCCGCCAGAUUGGGUUGCAGAGAUGACUGCACGUAUAACCGGUAUAGACAACGAUCCUCAGCGGGCUGAGACAUUGCUAGUGGGGAUGGAGAUUGUUCCGGAAGCGUUGGCUCUACGGUACGAGAAGCUGAGGUCGACCGAUGGUGAAGACUUGGACGGCUGCGCGGUUUGUCGAGACGACCUAAUCGACAAAUCCUCGGAUGCUGGAGAGGCAGCCCGCCUGCUCGAGGUGUUCGCCUUUCUCCCAUUUGAUCACGAACCAAACCACAUCGUUGCAUUCCCAUGCUCAGGCAAGCAUCUUUUCCACAGGAACUGCCUAUUUCCUUGGCUUGCGCGGAAGACGACUUGUCCAACAUGCAGGUUCGACAUCGAUCCACACUCCUUGACCCUCGGAACAUCAACGGGCUCCCGCGAUACUACUUCCUCCAAUUCUGAGGCUGAUAUCGCUCCGCCUGCGCGUGUAUGGCGGCCCCCUCAAGUGGAGAGCAUGAGCGACUGGUUGGAUGCAGAGGAGAGGGCUAAGAACUCGGGUUUGCCUCGUAAGCGACCUGAGGUGGUAAUGCCUGAAUAUCCUGCACUGCCUCCACACACCCGCACAGGCAUAUUUGCUCGCGGUGCCGCACCUCCCCGGCCUACGCGACCUGAUGGCGCCCCGCUUUCCGACAUUCUUGACGAGGCACCGAGUUGGGGCUUUGAUCCCGAAACGGGAGAUUUCGACAUGACGGCUGCGUAUGAAGAUAUCCAGGUUAUGCGUCAUCGGUUCAUCAACUUGGAGGCGCGUAGCCGACGGGUCGGAAAUCUCAUUGCCCAACUCCCCCGACCGGAGCACAACACUGACGUGCCUACCCGUUCGCCGUCUGCGCCUGCCGUGCCCCCAUCUGAGGCCCCUCGUCGACCGGAGUCCCAGACGCGUCCUUCCCCUUCCCCCAUGUUUCCCGGCCUCUUCACUGCCGCCCCACAUCGCGUUGGCCGGAGUCUCGUCUUCGGACCCCAUGGAUCGCGCGCCGCCGAGGUCGUUGGUGCAAGGGAGCACGACGAGAUGGCCUUGCUGCGGCAGGAGAUCGCAUCGCGUUUCUUGGGCGAGGAAGCGGCCUCUUCUAAUGAUAUCCUGCCUUCGCCUACGACUGCUGAGCACGCAGCGGAUCUGCGCAGCACGCCAGUCUCUCAUGACCCGCCCCCGAACGACGUGGUUAUCGAUGCGCCCAUCAACCUAGACUAUCAUAGUCGCGAACUUCUCCGCAUCUAUUUGGAGAGGAGAGGACACCAUUCGAGUACACGACGGCAAGAGACCUCGACUACGGUCAUAAUUCCUCCGUCAGUAACAGGGACGCAUGAGGUCACUGUCGUGCCAGAGGGGGUCGCUACAACUGUCACUAUCUCCGUCCAUGAUUCGGCUAACCCUGUCGGGGGAGCACAGGGAGUUGCAUCUGCGUUACCGCAUGCUUCGGCUGGAGCAGGAGGCGUCCCUGACUGGUCAAUCUACAACCCGUCCGACGACCUCGACUAGAGUACGCCUGUGCGUGCGCAUCACAUCCUCUGCCCAUGGCGUUACGCUGUGGGUGUUUCCGCACUUAAAGCUCCCGUGGCACGACAGUGUUCGUGUUAUCGCUUCUCGUUUGGGUGGUAUGUUGGUUGGAAUCCUUUGGAGUUCUAUAUACAUUGUACAACGCGUCACUUGUAAAUCCCUACCUCACAACCGCUAUCCGCGCUAUUCUCGCUUUGCUAUCGAACACCGUCCUCGUAUACGCGCUCCCCCACGUACAACGUCACAUGUCCCACGUUUGUACCAU